UAAUUCAAGGAUCCUUCUCAUCUCUGCUCCCCACUCAUCUCUAUAGAUAGUCUGUGGUCAAAACAGGUGAAAAUCUGCACCUGACAUAAGCGAAAACAAUCCGAGGUCUCGUGGAAUCGACAGUACUCUCUAUUACUUAUUUAGUAAUGAGACCUCCACUUUAUAUCGAGACAUCAUAACCGAUGUUUACAUUCCUGGUAGUUAGGUUCAAGUAUACACAUGUAAGGCACAUAAGUUCAUGUAUAACUCCUCGCGAGCAGCUAGUCAACGUUAUUUCAAGCAGGUAUAUUAAUAAGAUCGUCUUUCAAGAGGCCAAACCAGUUGGAGUAAAUUCACAACCGUUAUGUACCCAUCGCCGUUAGAUCCAACGAGUGCGAAAGACUCGGUCGAAGUGCCUAACGAUUCGCUACUAGAAAUGCCUGCUCGACCGUCAGCACGUAGACCGUCGCCUCGUCAACCUAUGGCUUAUGAAAUCACGCCAGCAGUCAAUUCGACAAGCUUCGUCGCCGUCGAUGCAGGUGCUAUCGUUGCGGAACUGCGGAAAAUCAACGAACGCUUGGAAAGAAUAGAAAGGUUGAUGAGGCAAGAUGGCCGAAAAGGGCAGCAAUCGACAAAGCCAGACUUUCUUCCGAUGAAGACGGUUCAGGAGGUGUUAGCUUUCAAUAACGCCAGUGACGAGAGAUACAACGAAGUGGUUCGUUAUUUAGAGUACCUUGGAGGGUUUACUCUACGAGAAGCAUUAAAUCUGUGUAUGAAGGAGCUGGUCACCGACGAAGUGACGUGUCACUUUACGUGGUGGGGUAGAGACAACGGUACGCCACUCCACAACACUCGAUUAGCCAAAGCAAUUUAUGCCGUUUCCAGCAAUUCCCACUUUGACCUGAUAACGAGAGCGGAGUUUCAGGCUCAAAUGAGGGAGACGCUGCGAGUAGCGAAGCAACGAAAUCGAAACGCUGCUCGUCGGAGUGAUCGGGAACGACCUCUACCCAUAACGACGAUAAAAGUGUGUCCGGAGAACGAAUAGUUUGCACGUUUUAACGAAAGGACGAACCGCACGAUCCGAAGUAUCGGUCGCUCCGCGAGCGAUGGCGUCCGCAAGAGCUGCUUCGGAUAUUAAUAUUUCUUUUUAAAUGAUCUUUAUAAUUGUUAGGAAUAAAGUAUAUAAGGAACCGGCGGAGAUAAACUCCUACCGACGAACAGGGUGUCCCUGACAUUUCGCGAAAGAGUCCUUCGAGGUUUGCGAAUACGUUGAACUACAUCGGACCGAGGAUACGAGCACGAUGUACAUAUAGCGUAAUCAGCACGCACGAAUCGCGGGCACGCAUCUACAAUUGAAAUUUUAAUAUUUAAUAAACACGACUUAGUACAA